CGGCUGAGCCCGCUGAUGAGUUGCAGAGCGCUGUGGCGGAGCCGCGCUGUCAGCACCGGCCCGGCUCCCGCUCCCGCUCCCCGCAGUUCAGCCGCGGUCCCAUCCCGGUGCCGGCUCGCUGAUCGAGUGGCCGGAACUUUGCGGACGGGUGGCAUGUCCCGGGACCAGGCGAACUAAACUUUAGCGGGGCAGCGGCGGGGAAGAUGCAGAGACUGUGGAGCGGCAGCAGUGGCAACUUCAUCCAGACCCUGACAACUUUUAUUGCCUUUGUGUUGAUUGAGGGACUGUCCGAAGACAAGGGGCAGAGGAGGGUCGGGCCUCAGGAGCACUACCUUCAAGCCCUGUCCGAGCCGGAGCUGGUUUACCCGGUCAGAGUUGACCACCUGGGCCGCUACGAUGAGUCUCCCCAGGUGAGCCGGCUGCGGCGCCGCGAGGUGGCGGCGGAGCGGCCGCCCGGCCCAUCCGUCUACUACAAGCUCUCCCACAGGGGCCGCCAGCUGUACUUCAACCUGACCGUCAACCAAGCUCUCCUAGCCCCUGGCUUCGUGGCCGAGAGGCGCUACGGGGGCGUGAAGGGGGCCACGAUAAGCCCGCACCGGCCAAAUAGCUGCCACCUGAUCGGGAACGUCCGGGAUGCGGCAGCGGAGACUGGGAUCGCCGCUAUCAGCACAUGCCAUGGACUGAAAGGUGUGUUCAGACUGUCGGAGCAGGAUUACUUCAUUGAGCCGUUGGAGAGACAGCCCGGGGAGGCCAUUGUUGUGCAACCUCAUGUCAUUUACAAGCGACAUGCCCCAGAAACGGAAGGGACUCAAGACCCCCAAUGGACGGAGGAACUUGUGGACAGGUCGAAGAAGACGAGCUCCAGUGAGAAGCGAGUGUGUGGUGUGUCUGAUUCCCUGAAGAACCUGAAGCAUCUGGAAACAAAGCGGGAAAAGUGGGAAAAGAAGCAACAGCGCAAGAGGCGGAUUAAGCAACGGUCAAUUAGCAAAGAGAAGUGGGUGGAGACUCUGGUUGUGGCUGACACUAAAAUGGUGGAGCAUCACGGAAGUGAAAACAUCGAGGCCUACGUCCUCACUGUUAUGAACAUGGUUGCUGGGUUGUUUCGUGAUGCCAGUAUUGGCAACGCUGUGAACAUCAUCAUCGUUCGUCUAGUGCUGUUAGAGGAAGAUGAGGAGGACCUGAAGAUAACACAUCAUGCUGACAACACGCUGAGGAGCUUCUGUAAAUGGCAAAAGAAGAUCAACUUCAAAGGUGACAAUCACCCUGCACACCAUGACGUGGCGCUUCUGCUCACUCGGAAGGAUGUAUGUGCUGGCAUGAACCGCCCAUGUGAGACCCUGGGACUGUCACAUGUCUCUGGGAUGUGCCAGCCUCACAGGAGCUGCAGCAUCAACGAGGACUCGGGGCUCCCCCUGGCAUUCACCGUCGCCCAUGAGCUGGGACACAACUUUGGGAUACAACACGAUGGAACCGGAAAUGACUGCGAGCCAAUUGGGAAGAGGCCGUUCAUCAUGUCCCCCCAACUCCUGUACGAUACUAGCCCACUAACCUGGUCUCGCUGCAGCAGGGAAUACAUCACUCGCUUCCUGGACCGCGGUUGGGGCCUCUGUCUGGAUGACCGGCCUGCCAAGAAUGCCAUAGAAUUACCCUCAUCAGCACCGGGGGUGCUGUACGACGUCAACCACCAGUGCCGGUUGCAGUACGGGGCCAAGUCAACCUUCUGCGAUAACGUGGAUAAUGUCUGCAACACCUUGUGGUGCACAGUGGGCAGCACUUGCCACUCCAAGCUGGACGCUGCCGUGGAUGGUACAAAGUGCGGAGAUAACAAGCGGUGCUUCGGUGGAGAUUGCAUAUCCACAAUCCAGCAUCCUCAGAAUACAGCUGGAAAUUGGGGAGCCUGGAGCUCCUGGUCAUCCUGCAGCCGGACCUGCAGUUCAGGAACACAGAGCGCGGAGAGGCAAUGCAACAAUCCCACGCCCAAGUAUGGUGGCUCGUACUGCCUCGGGGAGAGGAAGAGAUUCAGGAUUUGCAACACCAAGGCCUGCGUCUCAGACGUGCCUACCUUCCGUCAGAUGCAGUGCAGUGAGUUUGACACUAUGCCUUACAAAGGGAAGCUGCAUAAAUGGAUUCCUGUCCUCAGCAGAUUUAAUCCCUGUGAGUUACACUGCCGACCUGCUGAUGGUUAUUUCUCGGAGAAGAUGUUGGAUGCUGUGAUUGAUGGGACACCAUGCUUUGAGGGGAACACCAGCCGAGACGUGUGCAUCAAUGGAAUUUGCAAGAAUAUAGGUUGUGAUUAUGAAAUUGACUCCAAUGCUGCAGAAGAUCGUUGCGGAGUCUGCCAGGGCAAUGGCUCUACCUGUGAGACAGUGAAAAAGACAUUCGAUAAAAGCGAAGGACUGGGAUAUGUUGACAUUGGUCUGAUUCCUGAAGGUGCUCGAGAGAUCCGAAUCGAAGAGGUAGCUGAAGCAGGAAAUUUUCUGGCUUUGCGGAGCGAUGAUCCUGAGAAGUAUUUCUUAAAUGGCGGCUGGAUAAUCCAGUGGAAUGGAGACUACAAAGUGGCUGGGACAACAUUCACCUAUGAACGAAAUGGAAACCUAGAGAACUUGACCUCACCUGGUCCUACCAAGGAGCCAGUGUGGAUUCAGCUGCUGUUCCAGGAGACAAACCCUGGCGUGCGCUUCGAAUACACUGUCCGACGGGACCUGGAUCACGAGAAUGAAAUCCAGCCGCCAGAGUUCUUCUGGCGCUAUGGCCUGUGGACAGAGUGCUCUGCAACCUGUGGAGGUGGUGUUCAGAGACAGAUCGUGCAUUGUCUGGAGAAGAUUGCAGGGAUUGUGGAAGAACAGUACUGCGACCUGCUGACUCGCCCUGAUGACCGGCAACGGAGCUGCCACCCAGAGCCCUGCCCGGCCAGGUGGUGGGUCGGAGAGUGGCAAGGCUGCUCCACGUCUUGUGGUGAAGCGGGGACGAUGAGGAGGACAACCCUGUGCAUCCAGAGCGUGGGCCUGGACGAGCAACGGGCUCUGCAAGCCGCCGACUGCCAACAUAUGCCCAGGCCCGAGGACAGCAGCCCUUGCAACACAGAGAUACCCUGCCCCUCACACUGGAGCAUGGGCAUCUGGUCAGAGUGCUCGGUGACCUGUGGGGAAGGUGUGCAUGUACGCAACGUGGUGUGUCUGAACAAUACCAACAUGACUUGCAGUCCUGAGAUGAAGCCGGCCGCCAAUAGACCCUGCCACUUGAAGCCUUGCCCUGUGCUCUGGCCAGGAUUCACACUGCAUGACUGGUCAGGAAGUGGAGCUUCCAGCAAGGAGCUGAACAAUGAAGUGGGCUUCAAUCUGAACUUUGGCCCUGGUGCUACAAACCAAGAGGAAAAUUCCAAUUUAAUAGCUCACAUUCCCAAUCCCUAUCCUUCCCAUAUCAAUGCACAGACUCCACAGCCACUGCCCCCUGAAGGUAACAAGAUAACCAACCACAUCAUUGAAGAUGAUUUCACCCUUGAGACCAGCAAGACUGAAGAAUCAAAACCAAAUGUAUUUGUGGAUGAUUUCUAUUACGAUUAUAACUUCAUCAACUUCCAUGAAGAUCUUGACUAUGAUCCGGAAGACGAACUGCAUUUUAGUGAAGAGGAGACUAUGGAAGGGAACAUGGAACAUGAAGAAGAACAUUUGGAAACUAAUAACAUCUUAAACAAUGUUUGGGCGGAAGAACCUGAUCAAAGUGAGGAUAGGACCUCUGUUGAACGGCCGGGACCCGAUGCAUGGGAAAACAUUCCUUUGGAGCCAGUGGGAAACAAUCAUGAGGAAUUGGAGAUAAAUAAUAAUCAGAUCACAACUGCUACCUCAAAAGCAAACUCAGUGGAUAUUCCGCAUAAUGAAGAAUAUGCUGCUGAUAAUCUCAGGGUUACACAGGCCACACCUAGUAGAUUGUACACCGGUAGUGAAGAUGGCGUUAAAGAACUGUACGAAGAAGACGAAUUGCUUCCUGUCCAAAAUACCACAACACAUGACCUUAAGGAGGUUAUUUAUCCUGGUUCUUCACUGAGUGACGAUCAGGGAACGGUUCUUGACACAGUAACAACGCGGACCGCUUAUUAUCACAACUCCUCAACAUCACUCUUCCCUUCAUCUUCACUUCGUAUAAACAUUCCCAGUGCUUCAGCCACAAGUGAACCCAAAUGGAAGGAAAAGCAUCGGGCAAAAGACCCAAACACUGAGGACCACAACCGGAGUGAUCGUAACGGCAGCAGUACUGAGCUGGGCAGUCACUACGAUCAACACGCUGAUGGUUUUGGACAGUCUUCAGAUUCUGAUGAACGAGAAGGAAAGGUGCGAUUGAAGGAGACCAUGGAUGGCAGAAAGGCAAACUCAGCGGAAGAUGAGGAAGGAGCUGAGAAGGGUGAACCUGAGAUUCUAAGUGUGACAGUCAGCAGUAGAGAGAAACUAACUGUUGAUCACAGUUUCUCCACACAGCAAGAGGGCAAAGCUGAGACUCCAGUUGCUACCAUGAACUACUGGGGAGACGUCACUUCUGUUACCAGCAGUGCAAUUCUCACACCUCCCGUUCCCGAUGCAAAUGACAAUCCUCCUUCAGAAGAGAUACAUUGGCCAAUGUGGCAAGGAUACACCAGGCCAAGCUUGUCAAAUGGUUCUUUGGGAUUCCCGGGAAAGGUUGAAACCUCUCCAGGAGAUACAUUUGCACCUGGUGUGUCUGACUAUAGCACUGACGGAACAAAUGUGCACUUUCAGCAUGAUCCUUCUUUGACAGAGGCUGAGAUAAUCUUCACACCAGUUACGACCACGUCUGCAGCAUUGUUGUCACCUGAAGCAAGUCAACCACCAGCAGUGGGAGUACCUCCUGCAACUACUGCAUUGCUGCCAGAACUGGACUCUCCAUCGCAAGCUGCUGCCAAGGGGAACCAGAAGGACAAUUUGCACUCAAUUCAUGCAACAUCUUCCAGCCGUUUGUUUGUUCAUAUGGUGCCUUUAGAUUCCACGUCUCCAUUACCAGUGCAUGUACACCAAGAGAGGACAGAGCCAGUAGAUACCUCGCCACCAACGACAAUAGAAGCCAUCUCCCCCAGAACCGCUACCUCUCCUGCUGGCACUGUCCCUAGUCCUCACUUGCCAGUAACAGCCUCAGGAAGCCCCGCCUCAGAUGCAAGUACACAGCAGAUAUUAGCAAAUGAUGCUACAGAGGCAGGUGGCACUGUGCUCCUGGGCUCUCCUGCCUGGAACAAUGACUUGAUGCCAUUGCAGCAGGUUUCAACACCACUUUGGCCCAGCAUCAACUCAAGAACUGAUCUCCCAGGGUCUAGCACUGGAGACGAAUCCGAGGAACACAAAGCUGAACCUGGUAACAUUGAUGCAAAAGAUGCUGAUGCAGGUAUCAAGAACGGUUCCCUGAGCGAUGUGGUGGUGAAUAGGCCAGUGCCAGUCCCUGGAUUCCAUCUUCCAGGUCGUUCCAGGCACAUCCCAUCUCCAAGGACAAUGCUGGAUCGUCAGGCAACUCCAGCCAUCUCCGUGAAGGAAGCAGCCACCAACACAGUCCCCGAAGCAAACCUGGAAUCACUCGCCUACUGGGUGGUUGGAAACUGGAGUGAGUGUUCCACCACAUGUGGUCUGGGGGCGAUAUGGAGAACGGUGCAGUGUAGCUCUGGUUCCGACGACGACUGCGACAGCACCAAGCGGCCAGUCCCAGCCCGGAGAUGCUACAUCCGUCCCUGCUCAGCAUGGCGUGUCGGCAACUGGAGCAAGUGCUCGAAGAACUGUGGGGGUGGGGUGAAGAUGCGAGACGUCCUGUGUAUUGACACCAGGGACAGAAGACCCCUGCGACCCUUCCACUGCCAGCCCGUCCUCCACAAGCCCCCAACCAGCCUCGCGUGCAACUCCAAGCUUUGCAUGAACUGGUACAUGUCAUCAUGGGGAGAGUGCUCAGCGGCCUGUGAUGGAGGAGUACAGGAGAGGCUGGUCAUCUGCCCAGAAUUUGGCCACUGUGAUGAGAUGUUGCGCAUGAACAACACCAGGGAGUGCAACGUCCAGCCCUGUACCAAGUGGAUGAAGGGCUCCUGGGGACUGUGCACUGCGACCUGUGGCGGAGGGAUACAGCGGCGUCUGGUGAAGUGCAUCAACAUGGUGACGGGGCAGGCGGAGGAAGACAGUAGCCGAUGUGACCACGAGCCUUGGCCAGAAAACACCCAGAAGUGUAACCUGCAAGAGUGCAACACCACCCGCCACGGCUACGUCUGCGAGCGAGAUCGGCUGACCUUCACCUUCUGCCAGACCCUGAAGCUGUUGGACCGAUGUUACCUUCACACCGUCCGGGCACAGUGUUGCCGAACGUGCCAACGACAUGGACCAAGAGACCGUGGUGAUGAGCGCAUCUCACGGAGAUGAGCAUCCAAGGGGGUGCAAUGCAGAAAGCAAGAGACUUUUUAAGAAAAUAACUAUGGGGAGAAGGUAUUACAGGGACUGAAAAGCACAGAAGCAAUUCAGGAGAAAAAAAAGAAAGAUGUGUAAGAAAAUCUGAAGUUUUUUAAAUAUUUAUGUAUAGAUAUAAAUGAGAGAGACUUUCUUUCAGUAUUCUUGUUUAUGCGACCAUUUGACAGGACAACAACCCCAGCUGUUGAUUGCUGCCACGAUUUACAGGGUUGGGGUUGCAGGACUGGGCCCGAGACCCGUGGUUGCUAUAGUUACGUGUUGUCCUUUCAAGUAAAAUUGGUGCUUUGUCGUUUGAAGAAUGACACCUUCGCCAUUGGAUCCCGCAACCUCAGCCCUCCCCUGAAAGUGUCGCGGCGACGGAGAGUUAAUGAAGGAGUGUCCUGGGGCUCCAUAUCUGACAAGUGUCCUGUAACCCAUCCCUGGUGUUGCCGGACAGCACAGAAACUUUUCAUACUUGAACAAUUUUUUUAAAAUAUAAAAACCUAUUUUAUUUUCAACUUUUAAGAAGUUUUAGUUGAGCAUGUAUCAUUCUGAAUAACAUGCAUUAUUCCGGAAACGGAGCUGUGGUGCUAGUACUUAAGAAGCGUUACACAACUUAUAUCGAACGCAGCAGGGCACAGGCCACACUGAUCUCUGAACUGAGUCAUGUAUUUGUGGGAGUAUGUUACCACAGAAGCAAAUACUCUGUCUUAUUGCAACGAGGGUCAUGAACAACAGCUGUUGAUGGCAUUUGGGUCUCUAGUGCAUACUUCCCUGAGACAACAUUCAAUCUUUUGUGUGCAUUACGUCCUUAAAUUUUCCAGCCUUGAGUUUAACAAACAACACAAAUGGAGGCUGUCUAAUCCAUGGCAGCAGAAUAAUCUCUUCAAUUCCUUUCCCUCCUUAUUUUUUUGUCCCUCUAGUAUACAGCUGCUUCACCCACACAUCCCCACCAACAUUCCCGUGAUUCUUCUGCAAUCUAACUGCACGAGGGGGUGCAAUUUACAGUGGCCAACUCAACCAACUAGCACAGGUUGGAGGAAACCAGGGCACCCUGGGGGAAUCUGUGCAGCGACACGGAGAACGUGCAAACUCCUAACAGACAGCACCCGAGGUCAAGAUUGAACCUGGGCCACUGCACUGCCUGAGGGAGAAAGAGUGGGAAACAUAUUUGCCUCUCCCUCUGACCUCAGCUGUACCUAAUCUGAAAAUACCUGAUGCUAAAUCUAAAAUGCAAAAUAAAGUGGAACAAAGUUCAUUAUCUAGCUCUGUUCCCCUCAUUUAACCAGGACAAGCAUGAAGCCUCUCCAACUUCAUCCAUGCCUCACCGAUGUUCCAUUUGAAUUCUCGCCAGGCAAGAGAUCUUGUAUCCGUCUUGCUGUGUCCCAGGAGUAGUCCAGAGACCUGCCUGUAGUUUGCAUGUUAAGUCAGGCUGUUGGGUUCAGUGUUCAGGCAACUUUUACAUGUUUACAGUUCUUUUAUUAAACUUGUUUUAUCAAAA